UAACAAAAACCACGAUUUCAGCUGCUCGGCUUUCAGUUUUUGUUUAUAUCUGAAAAACUAUUUGAAUACUACUAUUAUCAACAAUGCGCGACGAGAUUUUGGAUCCCAGCAAUCUGGUGAAGAACCGGGAGAUACUCUAUCGGCUGAUGAUCAGCCAACUGAUGUACGAUGGCUUGGAAAAGUUCGCCAUGGAGCUGUCCAUGUUGGUAAAAGCGGACCAGUGCGCCCCCAGUGAACGCCUGCUGCACGUUAUGAUUGCAGGAAUGCAGACAUUGAGCGACAAGGAUAAGACCCCUUCGGAUGAUGUUCUGCCUGGAAUAGAUCUCGAGUUCGAGCCAGAGGCGUCGGCCUUGGCCCCGGAACCGCAUUCCUAUGAAACGGCAUAUGUGACUUCACACAAACAGGCCUGCCGCGCCGGCGCCUUCAGCUGUGAUGGCUCCUUGGUGGCCACCGGGAGUGUGGAUGCUAGCAUCAAGAUUCUAGAUGUCGAGCGUAUGCUGGCCAAGUCGGCGCCCGAAGAUAUAGAGCCAGGCAGAGAACAACAGGGUCAUCCGGUCAUUCGAACGCUCUAUGAUCACACUGACGAGGUCUCCUACCUGGAAUUCCACCCCAAGGAGCACAUCUUGGCGUCUGCGUCGCGUGACGGUACUGUUAAAUUAUUUGACAUUGCAAAACCAUCGGUGAAGAAGGCCCACAAGGUGUUCACCGACUGCGAGCCGGUGCUUUGCCUUUCCUUCCAUCCCACGGGUGACUAUGUAGCCAUCGGCACGGAACACAAUGUUCUACGAGUUUACGACGUGCACACCACCCAGUGCUUUGUGAGUGCCAUUCCUUCCCAGCAGCACAAGGCGGGAGUAACCUGCGUAAAGUAUUCGCCCACGGGAAAACUCUACGCUACAGGAAGCUAUGAUGGUGACAUCAAGAUUUGGGAUGGAAUAAGCGGACGGUGCAUCAACACCAUUGCUGAAGCGCAUGGUGGGGCGGCCAUUUGCUCACUGGAGUUCACAAGGAAUGGGAAGUACCUCUUAUCUUCCGGUAUGGAUUCACUGGUUUAUCUCUGGGAGCUGUGCACCAGUCGCCCAAUUCAGACUUACACUGGCGCAGGAACCACCGGCAAGCAAGAACACCAGACUGAGGCCGUUUUCAACCACACAGAGGACUAUGUUUUGUUCCCUGAUGAGGCGACCACUUCGCUCUGCUCUUGGAAUUCACGUAAUGGUUGCCGAUUGACCCUCAACUCUCUCGGACACAAUGGAGCCGUGCGUUACAUCACGCACUCGCCCAAUGCUCCAGCUUUCCUUACCUGCUCCGACGACUUCCGCGCUCGUUUCUGGUACCGAAGGGCCAACAAUCAGUAAAUCGGGGACAUUGGAAAUUUGAAUAAAAUAUUUAAGAAACAAUAUUAGCAUAAGAAGCAUCUGCAUAAAACGCAUUUCAGUAAAAUUCUCUUUAUUCAAUGAAA